AUGGUCCCUCACGAGUUUGUACCAGCUGGUACAACUGUGAACGCUAAAUUUUACGUUGGAGUGCUAAAGAGGCUGAAACGCUGGGUUCAACGCCUCCAGCUGGACAUCGCAAAGGACUGGAAGUUGCAUCACGACAACGCGCCGGCCCACAGCUCCUUCUUCAUCACCAACUACCUGGGCAAAGAAGGGGUGCCAACGAUUCCUCAGCCUCCGUACAGUCCGGACGUCGCUCCUCCCGAUUUCUUUCUGUUUUCACGCCUGAAAAGACCCAUGAAAGGAAAGUAUUUCGAGACCAUUGAAGGGAUCCAAGCAGGUUGCACCGCGGUUUUAAAGGACAUUCCGGAGGANUUCAUCACCAACUACCUGGGCAAAGAAGGGGUGCCAACGAUUCCUCAGCCUCCGUACAGUCCGGACGUCGCUCCUCCCGAUUUCUUUCUGUUUUCACGCCUGAAAAGACCCAUGAAAGGAAAGUAUUUCGAGACCAUUGAAGGGAUCCAAGCAG